AUGCAAAGGAGCAUCGACCUCUUCGCCGUCGCCUAUGACAUUUUCGGCCUGGUCACCAGCACUGAGGAAACGGUGGUCAUGCACCAGUCGCCAUCCGACGCUGCCUACGUCGCACCCCAAAUCAACGUGAACGGCGCCCAAGUAAAAGUCGUGGACAACUUCACCUACCUGGGCAGCACCCUCUCCCGUACCACCAAGAUCGACGAUGAAGUGGCUCGCCGGCUCUCCAAAGCCAGCCAAGUCUUCGGUCGUCUGCAGGACGUCGUCUGUAAUUGCCACGGUCUCCAUCUUAACACCAAACUGGAGAUUUACAAGGCAGUCAUCCUGUCGACGCUGCUGUAUGGAGCGCAGACCUGGACAGUCCACAAGAAACCGGCGCGGAGACUCAGUCAUUGCCAUUCCUGCUGUCUUCGAAGGAUACCAAAGAUGAGGUGGCAGGACCAGAUCCCAGACUCGGAUGUACUGGAGCGGACGGGAAUUCUCAGCAUCUACGCCAUGCUAAGACAACUGCAAUUGCACUGGAGCGGCCAUCUCGUGCAGAUAGACGACGAGCAGCUACCCAAACGACUCUUCUGUGGAGACGUCGCCAUGGGCUCCAGCCGACAAGGUGGCCGAUUCCACCACUACAAGGAUACUCUGAAGGCCUCCCUGAAGCGUCUGCAGAUUGACGUAGCCGACUGGAAAGACCUUGCUCGAGACCGAUCAACCUGGGGGAGGACGGUGAAAACAGGCGCAGCGAUCUACGAAGCCAACCUCAUCACCGCCGCCAAAGCCAAACGCGGGACUCGCAAAUCUCAACUGCGCCCACCUCGCAAUGCUAUCGCUCAACCAGCCCCGACCUGCCCACGCUGCCAGCGGACGUUUCGGGCACCAGUCGGCCUUAUAGGACGUCUUCUUACCAACUGCAGCAUCCGGACUCACCAGCUGCUGUUUCCUCGUUCAACUCUACCUCACCCUCCACGCUGA